AUGCCGCCUUUCCCCGCCAAACCUAUUGCCAAACUCACCGGCCACACCGGCCCCGUCCACGCCGUCGCAUACUCCGCCUCCCCCCACUCCUACAUCCUCACAGGCGCCGCCGACCGCGCAAUCCGCCUAUACAACCCCUCCAAAGCCCCUUCAUCCUCCGUCGCCCCCGCCUCCUCCGCCGCAUACCCGCCCGGCCUGGUCAACAAGUACAACGCGCACGGCUACGAAGUCCUCUCAAUCGAUGUGAAUCAAGCGAAUGACCGAUUUGUAAGCACCGGCGGAGAUAAAACUGUAUUCCUGUGGGAUGUGCAAACCGCGCAGACGGUGAGGCGGUUUACGGGACAUGGCGGGCGCGUUAACAGAGGGGUCUUUGGGGGAGAAGGGGAUAGUGUCAUUGUGUCGGCGAGCUUUGAUGGGACGGUUAGGAUAUGGGAUGUGAGGAGUACAUCAUACAAGCCAAUCAUGAUGUUUAGCGACGCAAAGGACAGUGUCACCGACGUGCUAGUCUUCGAUGGGGAGAUUGUGUCCGGAUCGGUGGAUGGCAGGGUGCGGAGCUAUGAUCUGCGGACGGGAUAUUGCCAGGUAGAUGUCAUUGGGUAUCCUGUGACUAGUUUGGCUAUGAGCAAGAAGGGGACGGAGGUGUUGGUGAGCUCGCUAGAUUCAACGGUCAGGUUGAUGGAUCGGACGAAUGGGCAAUUGUUGAAAGCAUAUCGCGAUGAGGCGUUUGUGAACACGGAUUUGAGGGUGCGCAGCACGUUGGGUCUAAAUGACAGCGUGGUUAUCAGUGGGAGUGAUGACGGGAUGGUAUUCGCGUGGGAUUUGCUAGGCGGAACCACUUUGCACAAAUUCCGCCAUUCUCAAAUGCGAGAGGUGAAGGGCAAAGUGGAGAAGAAAGAGAAAGGGAAGAAGGAUAUUGUCUCUGCUGUGGCAUUUUGUCCGAGUAGGAGAGAAUGGGCUAGUGCGGGCGGAGAUGGCAAUGUCAUCGUGUGGGGAAUGGACAAUUGA